UCCGCCCAGCUCGAGAUAAACAAGCACAACAGGAAAUAUGAAAUAUGAAGACUUGCUAAAGGACAGCUAAAAAUGUUUCCUCCUGUUAUAACCAGCUGUUUUUUAAUCACCACCAUCCUUCAAACCGGUUUAGCAGUUUUGAUCCAAACCCAGCAGACGGUGUUGGCAGCAGUAGGAGAAGAUGCUCCUCUCAGCUGUCGGCUCCUGGAAACUAAAGACGUCCAGCAGGUCACCUGGCAGAAAGUGUUGGAGAAAACAGAGAGGAGUAUUAGUUCCUACCGCCAGUAUUAUGGUGAAACAGUGAAUCCUAGAUUUAAAGAUAAAGUUCAGUUUACAGAAGCUGGACUGCAGAAGAACUCUAUAGUUAUCAGGAACGUUACAGAGCAGGAUGCAGGAUGUUAUCUCUGUCUGUUCAACACCUACCCUGAUGGAGCUCUGAUAGCUGCAACCUGCCUGGAGGUUUAUGAGCUGCAUGGACCCUUCAUUAACGUCAGCAGGUCAAACUCUCCUCCAGGGUCGGUUGUGACCUGUUCAGCCACAGGUCGACCUGUUCCCAUGGUAACACUGACUGUUCUCCAUCAGAACCUCAGCUUUUCCCACUACAACACCAGCAGAGUGAGCAACACCAACGGUACCAUCACUUCCACCACUACAGCUCUGCUCUCAGCUCUGAACAGCACACUGGUUGGAUGUUCAGUGUCAGUGGACUCUGCUGCUCUCAGAGAGCUGCUGGUCACCGUUCCUGGACUCACAGAGACGUCUGAUAGUUUAGAUGAAGACUUUGAAUCUGAUGACAAGGACAAAGGACGACUUGUAGCUGUUGCAAUGGGAUUACUUGUGAUUCUCUGUGGAGCUUUUGGAGGUUUAACCAUGUUGUUAAAAAAAACGCAUCAGAACAGGAGGAAGAAAAAACCCACAGAACAAACUAGAAAUAAUCAGUCUGAAGAGUUUCCGAUACCUGAAAAGGAAAAGAAAUUGGCAGUUUCAUUGAUUAACAGACAUAGUAGCAAGCAGCAAUCACCAACAACUCCAACAACACCUGAUAUAGAAAGCUGUUCACCUGAGGGUAUGAAACUACAUCAAAAACUAACCGCCAAGAAAUCUGAGUAAUAUAAUAAACCACUUGACUUGUAUUUUAAUGUUUAAUGCAAGAUGUUUGCUCCUUUCCUGAAAAGUUGCACUUUUAGAGAUUGAUUGUUUCUGUCCGUCGGCAGCCAUGUUGCCUCUUUAACUGUUGGCUUCAAUGAAGCUCAUCCACGUUUCCUGCAUGCAAUCAAUAAUUAUGGAGCAAAAACUUUCACUGUAGAAAAAAACACAACACUACAUGCUAACUGGAGCUGUGUUGUUACAAUAACUAUUGGAUUUUAAAAAACAUUGUUUGCUAUAGUUUUGUUUUGCUACUGUUACAUAAGGUGCCAUCCUAAAUAAUGUGAGUAGAAGCUAAAACAGAUGGUUAAAAGCCUUUAUUAUUAGUGUUUGUCUGUAUUUUUAGUAUUUUGAACAUUGUUGACGUCGUCAGUUUUUAUAUAUAUAUGUAUAUGUGUAAAUAGAGACCAUUUGUGUUAAAAUAUGGUGUUUAUUGUUUUCUUUAAAACUAAAGGGAAAGGCAUACGAUUUUACAAAUGUACAUUCUUUAUAUGAACAUACUGUUUUUUCUACAUUUUAAUAAUCCUUUGCAAUACAUUUGAUACAAACGGAAAGCCUGUUUAUGUAAAUAGUGGCACAUGUUCUCUUUUACACAAGAGAAAUGCAUGUGUUAAUGAGCCGAGUGAACAACGUGUCAACCUUUACCUCAUUACUGCUGUAAACAAAACUGAUUUUAAGUUUCUUGCAUUAUGAAGAAAAACACAACAGCUGGAUUAUUAUUAUUUUUUAAUAAUGGAUUAA